UGCGGCCGGUACCACGAGGACAUGCGCGUUCCAGGGUGGGAACAGGCUUAGUGCAGCCGUGCACUGGGAUUGCUGGGAAGUCACGAUGAAGCUGGAGUGCGAGUGUUCUGUCUGUACAGGCGGUGGCGCACCAGGAAUAGUCGACUGGGCAAGGGGCAUAAGGUUUUUUUCCCGGAUCGUUGACGGCACAACCAUCUCUUGGUUCGCGCGCCGGCAAUACUGACCAGGAGCACAGCCGGGCUGAGUACAUCGCGCUAAACGGUGAACGGCACGGCCAUUUGGCGAAGAGCAUUUCGUCGGUGGGGGACCAGGACGUGGGGCCGGCGGUUCCUUCGGCGCCACCAGGAAUUUCUUCACUGUGUUGCAGGAGUGGGGAAAUGUCACUGAUUAGAGAACGAGAUCAAGAACAAGGACACUAUUGCCAGCACGUCUGCCUGUGAAGGCGCCUCAACAGAAAACAAUGAGCACGUCCCAUUCUCGGCUAUGGGACACAGCGGCCGUGAUGGCUGAGGAGGUCUACCACUUCGCGAUGACAGCGUUGUGCGCCUACGAACUGGUGUUGGACACCUACUACGGCGUCAAGCCGAAACGCGAAAUCAGCACCGUCGCGCUCUCCAUGGCGCUCUUCGUCUUUCACUCGGUGUUCCUGGGACGCAGUCAGCACUCCAGCAAGCUGCCCGCGAAGCUGGUCUACCUGCUGGACAUGCUGUUCCACGUGGGAAGUUUCACCGCAGAAGCCACGCUCGUGAUCUCCCUGCUGCAUAGUCCACCUGUGGCGCUCGGCCUCGAGACGGGUGGCACGAGAGGGGGCGCGGUCUGCAACUCAAACUCCAUAUUGGUCGAUCUCGUUGGCAUCGCCUACCACAUCGGCAUACUCGUCACGUACUACCGCUGGGUUCAGCUCAGGCCGGCCACGACCGCCUCGUGUGGCGUCUCCGACUGCCUGUCCUGGAUCAGCGAGUCGGUGCGCACCAGACUGCACCGCCGACCGGUAGCCACGCUGGACCCCCCGCCGCUGCUGGGUGACGCGUUCGAACGGGAGCUGCCACUGGACGCACAGCAGAUACGCCUACCAUCGUUCGAACUCCCACACCAUCCAGCAUCCGGCGCAGUCACCAAGAGGCGACCUGCAGUUCAGGUCAGCGAGAACCGGGAAGGCAAAGACGAAUGACUGCCGUCGACACACCACUUUGACCAAGAGGCCUAAAUGUACGACGCUCAAAUCUGGCCCGCGUCUUCAUAGGCACCCGAGCUGAAGUUCCUAAAGUUCAUUUAUAUAAAAUUUAGUUUUUGGCACAACAA